ACUGAGGGUGACCCUACUAUAUAGGAAAAUGAGUUGGCAAUAUCUGGCCGUAGCAUGGAGUUAUAUCUUGCUGAUUAUAAUUGUUUUACUUUUCAUAAUUUUACAUCAAAGGAAGAAGAAGCAGUUUUUUGACAAUGUUGGAGUGACAUGCGAGCCGACAUGGCCUAUUUUAGGGGCCUUUCCAACAAUCCACCAACAAGGUAUUUUAGAACAUGACAUUUUUGCGAUAGAAAAAUAUGGCACCGUCCACGGCUCUUACCUUGGUAAUAUUCCAACGCUUGUUGUCGCUGAUCCGAUAUUAGUAAAAGAGAUAUUUUUGCGGCAAUCAAACAAUUUCCCAUACAGAAUGCAAGCUCUAUAUGUUUCAAAAUGGUGGGAAAAUGGCGUGGUCAUAGCAAGCGGAAAGCACUGGCGAUAUUUAAGAGCGCUUAUUAGUCCUUCAUUUAGUACUGGCAGACUUCGAGAGAUGCAACCAAGAUUGUUGAAGUGUAUCAAUGUCAUGAUAGAUUGUUUAAAUGACAAGGUUGAAGUAUCUGGCGAGAUUGACUGCGACAUACGGGCCAUUCUUGGGGCAUUAACUAUGGACAUAAUUUGCAGCACUUCUUUCGGUAUAGAUAUGAAUACAUUGAGAAACAUGGAAAACGACUUCACGAAACACGCCAAGAUUGUAAGCACGCUAAAUAUUGAAUCGAAUCCAGUUAACGCUCUUCCGUUUAUUGUACCAAGUAUAAGACGGGUGUUCGAAUUUCUAGACCUUGAUUACGUAGACAAAACAUCGUUAAAUUAUGUGAAAAACGCAGUCACAGAUAUGAUAAACCACCGUAAAAGUCAAACUGACAUGUCUUUUAAAGAUACCUUAAGCAGUUUAAUGAACGCGCAUAAAGGACAAAGUGAAACAGACAUCAACGGCAACACAACUAAAUCAAUUAAUACCCCAAGACCGCGUUACCCAGAGCAAAACUAUAAGAAAACACUGAAUGAAUUUCAAGAAUUUAAAGAGAAAGGCCUUUCAGACGACGAACUUGCAGCAAACGCGCUUAUUGUAUUGAUGGCUGGUUACGAUACAACUGCGACAACUUUAACAUGGAUGUGUUACCUUCUAGCCACUCAUCCGGAUAUCCAAGAAAAGCUGCUAAAGGAAAUUGACAGUAUUGUAGGGUCAGAUGACCCUGACUAUGACAGUGCGACUAAAUUAGAAUAUUUAGACUGUUUUUUAUGUGAAACUCUUAGACUGUACCCAGCGGCUAACAGGACUGGAAGGGAUGCAUGCGUUGAUACAAAAGUCUGUGACUACAAUAUAAAGAAAGGGCUCUCAGUAACUGUUCCAAUUUAUGCAAUGCAUCGUAUGUCUGAAUAUUGGAACCAACCCGAGCAGUGCAUUCCGGAAAGAUUUUCACCUGAAAACAGACAUGAUAUAAACCCAUAUGCUUAUAUUCCGUUCGGGGUUGGACCUCGCGCAUGCGUGGGGAUGAGGAUGGCGCAGAUGAUGUGUAAAAUAAUAAUGGUGAAAUUUUUACAACAUUUUUCUGUAAAAGUGUGUGAUCAAACUGAGAAUCCUCCGCUCUUGGAAAAAAGUCUCUUGACAAAGCCUGUCAAUGGAAUGUUCUUGAAAGUAGUUCCAAGGAAAUGUGCCUGAAAGUAGUUCCAAGAGAUAUUUAUACAUAAUAAUUCUCAAGCUUUUAAAAACAAAGAAUUCAGUUUUCAUUUUUUGUACAAAACUUCAUUUUUUUUCUUUCACUACAAUAUAACUUGCUUCAAAACUUCUUUAAAUCACCAAAGAUUUUUUCAUAAAUUGACUAAUCUAUUGACUAAUCAAUUUACGAUAGUUGACUUUAGAAAAGGGAACUAUUAAUUUGGUGAUAACCGUUUCACAAAUUAACAGUAUAUAAUUUUAGGAUAUACAUGUAUAUAUUUUUAGUUAUUCGUUUUACAAUAAAAAAUAUUUCUAAUGAAUAAAUCGUCUCAAUGAUUUUAUGAACUACAUAUGUAAUAUAAAAUUCUGAAUAUAUUUGUUUAUCAAAUAUAUCAUUAUGCCAAAAGAACAAUUUAUUUGUUUGUUGUUGUUUUUUGUUGUUUUUUUUUUAUCUAAAAACCGACUGUUUCAUUUUGUUGUAUAUUUUCCCAAGAUUUGUAAGUACCAAGUCAUGUUUUUUGUUUUGUUUUUUUGUUUGUAGUAUUUUUGUAUUACCAAUUUUCUUCUUAUAACAUCAUUUUUCCUAUGUUGGAUUAUCAUACCUAAUUAUUCAUUUAGAAUCGUCUGGAAAGUUUCGACCAGACCUUCGAGAUGUACUUCUGAUGAACGCCUCUUAUAUAACUGACUCAGUUAUUUCUAACUAAUUGCUUAACUUUUCGAUUUAGAAGAUAUUACAAAAUCAAGGUACUGAUACCUUAUUUUAUUUUAAUCUUAUUUUCUUUCAUUUCAGUCAUAAUACAAAGUCUAAAACUUUUCUAAAAAUGCAGUACUGUUUAGUUAAAAUUGACACUUUCAGUUUGUAACGGAACCAAAAAAUAUUUUUUUUUUGUCCCAGGUUUGUAGGUAUUUU